CUCUCCGCAUCUCGGGUUCAGUUGAACAGCCACCGCCGGCGCCAUGACACGCCUCACGCCACUCUACUGCCAGCUGCGGGCCGCCUCGUCCUGCCCCUUCGCCGCCCGGCAGCGCUCCCAGGUCGCCCCCGCCGCUGACCUCACAGAGGAGAUCUUCACCAACGCGCGCCCCUACUCCGAAGUCCCUGGACCCCGACCCAUCCCCAUCCUCGGAAACACCUGGCGAAUGGUCCCCAUCAUCGGACAGUACGAUAUAUCAGAGUUCGCGAAAGUGACUAAGUUGUUCCUGGAUAAGUACGGCAGGAUUGUCCGGUUGGGAGGUUUGAUCGGACGGCCGGAUCUGCUGUUUGUGUAUGAUGCUGAUGAGAUCGAGAGGAUCUACCGGCGGGAGGGGCCCACCCCGUUCCGGCCGUCGAUGCCGUGCCUCGUCAAGUACAAGUCGGAAGUCAGGAAGGACUUCUUCGGUGAUUUGCCGGGAGUGGUCGGUGUCCACGGCGAGCAAUGGCGCACGUUCCGCUCCAAGGUGCAACGGCCGAUCCUGCAGCCCCAGACAGUCAGGAAGUACGUGGCUCCCAUCGAGCAGGUCACCAGCGACUUCAUCAGCUACAUGGAGACGGCACGAGACGAGAACCUGGACCUGCCCGCCUGCUUCGAUAAUGAUAUACAUCGCUGGUCUUUGGAGUGCAUCGGCCGCGUGGCGCUAGACGUGCGGCUAGGAUGCCUGUCUUCAGACCUGUCUUCGAACCCUGAGCCCCAGCGCAUCAUCGACGCGGCCAAGUAUGCGUUGAGAAACGUUGCCGUGCUAGAACUGAAGGCGCCCUACUGGCGGUAUAUACCCACCCCGCUGUGGACCAAAUAUGUUAACAAUAUGAACUUCUUUGUCGAACUCUGCUCUCGCUACAUAAACGAAGCCUUAGAGCGACUGAAGACUAAGAAGGUGACGUCAGAGAACGACCUGUCUCUUCUAGAGCGGGUGUUGCGGAGUGAGGGAGACCCCAAGAUUGCUACAAUCAUGGCCCUCGACCUCAUACUUGUUGGGAUUGAUACGAUAUCGAUGGCAGUGUGCUCAAUCCUGUACCAGGCGGCUAUCCGGACGAAGCAACAAGAGAAAAUGGCGGAAGAGAUCAAGAGAGUCCUUCCCGACCCUGACAAACCCAUUACCUAUGCCGACUUGGACAAGCUGCACUAUACGAAGGCUUUUGUCAGAGAAGUUUUCAGAAUGUACUCAACGGUAAUCGGCAAUGGUCGUACUCUUCAAGAGGACGAUGUCAUUUGCGGUUAUCACAUCCCCAAAGGAGUGCAAGUAGUGUUCCCCACAAUAGUCACGGGCAACAUGUCAGAGUUCGUGUCAAACCCCGCCGAGUUCAACCCAGAGCGGUGGCUGGGGGCGGGCGGGCGGCUGCACCCCUUCGCCUCGCUUCCCUACGGCCACGGCGCCAGGAUCUGUCUGGGGCGGCGGUUCGCUGACAUGGAGAUACAGGUGCUGUUGGCUAAGUUGCUCCGCAAAUACCGCCUGGAGUACCACCACGAGCCUCUGGAGUACGCCGUCACCUUCAUGUACGCACCUGACGGUCCACUGCGGCUGAGGAUGAUCGAGCGAUAGUGCACCUUGCACUUAUAUCAGUGUGUUAUCAGUAGCGUGCGGAUUCACGCAUUAUAAAUAUAUAAUAAAUAAUAAAUACUUGUUUGAAAAGAACACUUGUGGGUGUCACGCAUGCGGGGCAAUCCCGCGUGCGUGAUUAAAUCCGCACGAUUUUGAUUGGUUUGUAAUUGAAGAAAAAAUAUGUACAUAUUUAUUUUGUUAUAAUUUUUGAGGAGCGAAAUUGUAGAUAAGAUUUUGUACAAAAUACCUAUUGUUUAUUUUUAUUGUUAGAAAUUAUAACAAUGUAAGAGAUAUUAUGUGUUGGUUAAGAGAGAGAUUUAUUUCUCAUUUUGUAUUUUAUACUUA